AUGGAGGGAACCCCUAUGUAUCAAUGUGGGAAAGCUUUCAACACAAGGGGAGGUUGUAAGAAGCAUGAAAGAAUUCACACUGGAGAGAAACCUUAUAUAUGUAAGCAAUGUGGGAAAGCUUUUACCACACAUAGAUAUUGUAAGGUUCAUGAAAGGAUUCACACUGGAGAGAAACCUUUUGUAUGUCAGCAAUGUGGGAAAGCUUUUAACACACGUGCACAUUGUAGGAUUCAUGAAAGAAUUCACACUGGAGAGAAACCCUAUGUAUGUAAGCAAUGUGGGAAAGCUUUUACCACACAUAGAUAUUGUGAGGUUCAUGAAAGGAUUCACACUGGAGAGAAACCAUAUGUAUGUAAGCAAUGUGGGAAAGCUUUUAACACACGUGCACAUUGUAGGAUUCAUGAAAGAAUUCACACUGGAGAGAAACCCUAUGUAUGUAAGCAAUGUGGGAAAGGUUUUAACACACGGGGAAAUUGUGAGAAGCAUGAAAGAAUUCACACUGGAGAGAAACCCUAUGUAUGUAAGCAAUGUGGGAAAGCUUUUAUGACACAAGGAAAUUGUAAGGAACAUGAGAGAAUUCACACUGGCGAGAAACCUUAUGUAUGUAAGCAAUGUGGGAAAGCUUUUACCAAACACGGACAUUGUAAGGAACAUGAAAGAAUUCACACUGGAGAGAAACCAUAUGUAUGUCGGCAAUGUGGAAAAGGUUUCACCAUAUCUGGACAUUGUAAGCGACAUGAAAGAAUUCACAGUGCAGAGAAACCAUAUGUAUGUAAGCAAUGUGGGAAAGCUUUUAAAACACAGGGAGAUUGUAAGAAACAUGAAAGAAUUCACACUGGAGAGAAACCAUAUGUAUGU